AUGGGAAAGGUGGGGGGAGCUUGGCUUGACAUGGAAACAAUUAGGCGGCUCCACAAAGGAUAUUCGGAGAGUUCCAGAAGCUUUUGGCAGUGGGGAGGAGCUUUUGUACUUCUCUAUGUCUUGGCCAUAGUGGAGCCAAUGAAUGAUCCCAAGAUCAGUCACUCCUUCCUCUACCUCAUGGACCUCAUCCAAUAUACCAUCUCCUUCCUCCUGACUCGUAUCGGCCUCAACCCAUCCUUUGAAAGAGAGCCGACGCCAUGGGAGAACAAGGAGCUCUUAUUCAUGUCCGUCGGCAUUUCCAUGCCUUCAGCUAAAUCUCCUGCCCAGUCUGUCAAGGAGAAGCUGGCUGUUAUCGAGUACCAGAGCUUCCUCAAGAGAAAAAGAAAAUCUACGAUGGCUGGGUCGAUGCCGGAUUGUUCCAUUUGCCUUCAGUUAGUAGAACCUAGGGAGCAUGUUCGGGAGCUCGGAAAUUGCUUCCAUGAAUUCCUCGUGUCUUGCAUUUACCGAUGGUUGCACCUUCGCAGGUUGUGUUAUCCACUCUGCAGAUCAGCGGUGGUUCCGCCCGAGACCUGUUGGUUCCAAUUUAAUUGA